AUGCUGGCUAUUUUCUUCUGCUUGUUUAUAGCAUUGGCUAGCGCUUACCCGGCGCGAGGCCCUUGUACGGGAGAUUGCUGGACUCAUGACCCAUCUAUGAUUCAGCGAGAGUCGGAUGGCACGUACUUCCGUUUCUCGACGGGCACUGGUGUCAACACUAUGACCUCGCCAUCAUUGACGGGACCCUGGUCCGACGUGGGCGCGGCUCUGCCAAAUGGUUCCAAGAUUACUCUUGACGGCGUGGACAGCCACGACAUCUGGGCCCCCGACGUGCAUUACCAGGGUGGAACAUACUACAUGUACUACGUACUCUCCAAGCUCGGCACGCAAACCUCCCAAAUCGGGGUUGCAACCUCCAAAACAAUGGAACCGGGCUCCUGGACUGAUCACGGCAUCAUCGGCAUCCCCGCCAACAGCGCCUACAACCGCAUCGACCCCAACUGGAUCUCCAUCAACGGCCAGCAGUACCUCCAAUUCGGCUCCUACUGGCAAGACAUCUACCAAGUUGCUCUGGAAAGCCCGCUGGGGGUCGGCUUCAACACACCGCACCAGAUCGCGUACAACGCCAGUCUGAACCAUCGCGUCGAGGGCUCGUUCCUGUAUCAGCAUGGUGGCUUUUAUUAUUUGUUUUUCAGCGGUGGCAUUGCCGGCUCGUAUACGGCUACUUACCCCGCCCAGGGCGAGGAGUACCGUGUGCAUGUAUGCCGCUCGGCGAGUGGGACUGGGCACUUUGUCGACGAGUCUGGACGGUCUUGCCUGGAAUCUGGUGGUACUAUUAUCCUGGCUAGCCAUGAUCAAGUUUAUGCUCCCGGUGGACAGGGUGUUCUCACCGACAAGGAUCUCGGCCCUGUUCUGUACUACCACUACUACCCGCUCUCGGUGAAACAGAGUGGUGGAAAUGGCAUUGCCGGAUACAUGUAUGGCUGGAAUGAGCUCGACUUUUCGACCGGCUGGCCCGUGGUCAAGGCCGUUUAA